GGCCACCACGAAAGCCCUCCCGCCCGCAUUUCAUUCUCUACCUCCACCAUCCCACGAUUCUCGACACCCUCACUGCGCCAUUCCUCCUCCUCCCACUCAUCCGUAUCCCUCUCUCACAAACAGCGUCCCGAUAUCCUCGAACUCUCUCCAUUACCGUCACCGACUGUUGAUUCCUUUCACCGCCGGUCGAGAACCCUGCUGUCUACUGUGCGACUCAUUCCACAUUCCCCUCCUAAGGACAUUUCCCCGCGCACGCCCAUCUGCGCUGUCUCCGGCGACUGAACUACCCGCCCAGUCGAAAAGAACGCGCACCUCUGUCCUACGACGGCGACGUCGCACAGCGUCCCUCUCUCCCUGCCAGUACGAUAUCUGGUCAGGAGCAAUACACCUCCCUUUUUGUCCUACAGAAGCGCACGGCAUUUUUUCACCACCCCCAGCACAGCUCCUGUGCUCACCCGCGCGCCCUACGUGAGAGCAAAAACCAGGCUCCUGGUCUCCCGCAGAUUGCGACGGCGCCGGGUCGACACUACCUCUUGGUCUUUUCAUUGGAUUUCCUGCCGAUCCUGAAUCUCCGGGUCUACAUGUCCAUUGGAUCCCUGGUCUCAAACCACCAAAGGCCCGUCAGUCCUGGUGUCGUGUGACGGGGGGCGAGUCUUUCGUGCGCGCCACCCGUGCAGCUUUGCACGCCCUUGGGUCCUCCUUGAUGGUCUGCUUAUAACAUCAUGGCGGCCUCUGAUGUCGAAGAUGGGCACUCUCGCUCAGACUCCCCCGAAGACAGCGGGACCGAGCACGCUCAAAAUAACAUGGCCGAACAACCGACCAAAGACGAAAAGCAGAAGCAAAACGGUUCGGCCUCCACUAACCCCAAGGAUCCAAAUCGCCCGAGACGUAAGAAGGCUCGCAGGGCAUGUUACGCUUGUCAACGUGCCCAUCUGACCUGCGGUGACGAGCGGCCCUGCCAGAGGUGUAUCAAGAGGGGUUUGCAAGAUGCUUGCCAAGACGGAGUCCGUAAGAAGGCGAAGUAUCUCCAUGAUGCUCCGAAUGAAGCUCUCAUGCCCGUGGUCGGUGGGAAUAACCUGUUCAACCGGCCUGCUGCAAAACAGCGAAGUUCGACCAUCACAAGUGAUACUUCGUCACAGCAACCCUACUUCCAGCAGCCACAGAACUUCAACAACUUCCAGAACGCACCUCAGCAGCAGAUGCCUCCUCCGCUGGUGCAUGAGCGAAGCAUGAGUACUACGAGCUUUUCACAGCAAUCUCCAUUGAACACGAAUUUCGCCGGCAUGCCCUCGCAGGUUGCCCUGCAAAGUCCUGUCAUCGGUGCGGAUCAGUCGACUGCUAAUGGCCUAGGCAGCGCUCCUUGGUCUGGAGCGUUGUUUGAUGACCCUUCGGCGUUCAAUUUUGAUAUUGCCAGCAUGAAUUUUGGAAAUCAUUACGGUGCUUUGGAGUUCGGUAUGCUUGGGCACAUGGCGACAAAUGCUGGUGAGACGCCUCCAAGUGACACCACUACGCAUCGAGGUUCCAUUACACAACAGUACCGAAUGCCACUCGGGAGCUUCAGUGAGAGUCCCACUGCUCGUCAACAAAUGUACAACGAGGCCGCCAUGUUGUCGGAUUGGUCCAAUAGCACGGAUCCGUAUAGUGCCCAUAAUCGCCAUAUGGCUCCAAAUGCGUUCACGAUAGAAUCGAACGCAGCACAUUGGACCUCACCAGACACCAGCGGUACUCCUGGAAAUGGUGUAAAGUUCGAAGAUUCACCACUCUUGACCAGCCAGGGGUUACAAGUGCCACCAACGGGCCUUGAGAAUGGCAACAUGACACAGCCAAAUAAUGCUCAGGACAAUCGACUGAAACAGCCGCCUCCUAUAUCCACGCCACAACUCAAAGCGAAGUCUCAAUUGCCCGUCAAGACGUUGAAACGACCUCGCGAUCCAUCGUCAAUCUAUACAUCGGUCACGCAACCACAUUCGUACACUGCUGGUUUUCACACCCUUGUCGCAUAUUGCCGGAAACGGUUCGCCACUCACCCUUCCAAGACGCUUGCUAUCGCCAAGUCUCUUGCCUCUAUCCGACCAUCCUUCAUUGCUACCACAAAGACAUUAAACCGCGAGGAUCUUAUAUUCAUGGAAAAAUGUUUUCAAAGGACCUUGUGGGAAUACGAGGGCUUCAUUGAAGGUGUGGGUACACCAACGAUUGUUGCUCGAAGAACAGGUGAAAUUGCCGCCGUUGGAAAGGAAUUCCAGAUUCUCACCGGGUGGACUAAAAGCGUCCUGCUGGGUCGAAGUCCCAAUUUGAAUGUGAAUCGAGGACAUUCCGGCUCUACUCCAUCGGCUGGAUCGGGCACAAAUACUGCAACUCGAACUGCGGGUUUCAACACCCCCACUCAACGAAACUCUACCGAGGCAGAGAAUGGCGAGAAACGAACCCAGCCAGUCCUUCUUGCAGAGCUGCUUGAUGACGAUUCUGUCGUUCAGUUCUAUGAAGACUUCGCCAGACUAGCCUUUGGUGAUAGCCGCGGCAGCGUAUUGGGAAGAGGCAAACUUCUCAAGUACCGCACGAAAGACGAUGAGAUUUCUCACAAUCUCAAUGCCGAAGCCGAGGCACGAAACGAGGAUGGCAAACCCAAUGGCACGGAUGGCCGACGCCAGGAUAGCCAUUCUCGGAGGAACGACAUGAAGAAAGAUGGCAUUUCUGGUGAAAAGGGAAUGCAGAAAUUAGGGUCGGCUGAUGGAAAGGUGGAUUGUACCUAUUGUUGGACGGUCAAACGGGACGUUUUUGACAUUCCCAUGCUUAUCGUUAUGAAUUUUCUGCCUUGCAUAUGAGUAUAGGCUUUUAAAAAAAGUCCACCCUUGCUGCUUUGUCAAGGGAGUUUUGAUCAUGAUGACUCUGGUUUACGGCAUCACAUCGAUGAUAUGAGUUGGAAGUUUUACUUUAGGUGGGAUUUUGCGUGUUGUAGGGACGGCUUGUUGUUGUUUUGAUUCGGUGCCUUGCUCUGCAGAGUCUUGAAGCAGUAUAUCGACCAGGAGUGACUAUGAG